AUGACCAUCCGUGGUAUUUGUUAACGCAGCUCGUCAGAGAUGUCUCGAGAUAUUGAACAGUUUAGUGACCCAUCUCAUUUGUAUGACACUAUGUGAGUCAUACGUUGACAUUUUUACCACGUAUAGUCACCUUCAGUCGGACAAGGGAAUUCGAGUCUUCUGUGAAGGAGGAAAAACAUGCUAGCCACAGUGACUGCUGUGGUUAGGUUUGCUCAAUACAAUGGCAGCGUCACAUCCACAUCACUGGAGAACACAUCCGCAUUCCCUACCUGGCUUCCUGAUUCGGAAGCCAACAUCAGCAAGCCUCACAAAUGUCUCCAAGUUCUUUAUGAGGAUGUUGGUGACUCCAGGGUGCGCUUCUGGGACCUUCUCCUUCUUGUGCCUAAUGUGGCCUUCUUUGUUUUCCUGAUGUGGAAGCUGCCUUCAGCCAGGGCCAAGAUUCGACUCACCUCAAGCCCUAUCUUCAUCACCUUUUACCUGCUGGUAUUUGUUGUAGCAGCAGUCGGAAUCACCCGGGCCAUUGUAUCAAUGACUGUCAGUUCAUCCAGCUCUGCCACCAUUAUUGACAAAGUCUUAUGGGAAAUCUCCCGCUUCUUCUUAUUGGCAAUUGAACUCAGCGUUGUCAUUCUUGGACUGGCUUUCGGUCACCUGGAGAGCAAAUCCAGUAUAAAGCGCGUUCUGGCUAUCACUGCUGUGCUUGCACUGGCAUACUCCAUCACACAGGGCGCUUUAGAGAUCCUGUACCCUGACAGUCACCUGUCCGCUGAGGACUUCAACAUCUACGGCCAUGGAGGACGACACUUCUGGUUGGCCAGCUCCUCCUUUUUCUUCUUGGUGUACUCUCUGAUUGUGAUCUUGCCUAAAACGCCAGUGAGGGAGAGGAUAUCUCUGCCAUCUAAGAGGAGUUUCUAUAUGUAUGCUGCCAUCUUGUCGUUACUGAACUUAAUCCAAGGCCUGGGAAGUGCUCUUCUGUGUGCAGACAUUAUUGAGGGACUCUGCUGUGUGGAUGUCACCACCUUCCUGUACUUCUCUGCUUUUGCGCCACUCAUAUAUGUCACAUUCCUCAAAGGAUUCUUUGGCUCCGAACCCAAGAUCCUGUUUUCCUACAAGUCACAGGUGGACGAGCCAGAUGACACUGACGUCAAUCUACCACCGACAGUUGCUGCAACUCUUGGUCGUAAGGAGCUCACUGACCAGGGCCUGUACUAUUCCUCCACCCAGUUUGAUGGGUCUGGUCCCAGCAGUACAGGAAUGGUUGGCGCAUACCUAGAUGAUGUUGCUUCCGGACCCUAUGGGUCCAGCAGCAUCAACAGCAUCGAAGCUGAUCGGUGGAGACCUAUUAACGUCUAAUUUCCUUUUUUGGGGGAAGCGUCAUGCAUUUGGACUUGAACGUGUGUAAAAAUGGUGUUUGACCAAAGUAGUUUGACUCACAGAAAUAGGUAAAGUUGGUUCUUUUAGGAGACCGGGUGGAUGAGUGUUGACGUGGACGAGGGAGGAGGGAACUUUUUCUCUCCAUCAACGUGGAGGGCUGUGAUUAUCAACCGCUUUUAUAACACUGUUUCCAGCGCGUACUGCUGCUGUAUUCCACAUUCAAGCUGCUGGAACACGUCUUCUCUCAUUCUGCUUGUCAACAGCAAUCACUUUGUCCUCAGUGAGGAAAAUUUUUUUCAUUUCAAGAGCCCAAGUCUUUAAGUCUUAACAUGAUUUUAGAGACAAUUAUCAUCUGUACAUUCCCACUGAACUGUUUCAGUACAUUGCUACCGCGUAUUGCCCUUUGUUGUCAUGUCCCGAUAUACAAGGCAAGGUUUUGUGCUGUCGACUGGUACAUUUUAUAUUUUGAACUAAUUGCUGAUGUGUUAACAAGUAAAAAUGUUGGUGUUCUGUGUUGCAGUGUAAAAUGAAAGUCAGCUGAACAGAUUCACCACUCGUAGCGACUCGCCACUGAGCGAUGCUCAAAUUCUCAAUCAUGGUCUUAAUCCUUUUUUCUUCUAUUUAUUUUGAAACCUGACAUUCCUACUUGUACAUGAUGUACAGAUCUAAUGAAAGUAUAAAUAUCGGUCAAUCAGUUUUAAUGUCUUACUGAUGCCAAACUUCUUCCUUUAUUCAAGCUGGAAAUGAAUCAGCUAUUUUGUCUAAGAUGGGUAAUUAUGAGUCAUAGCAAAAACUUAUCAUGGAUUGGUGUGUUUGCUUGGAAAGUGUUUGUGUUGUGCAAGAUCAGUGCAUUAAACCAUAACCUGUAUGUGGAAGGCAUACCACAAGA